CCCCAUAUACAAUUAAUCCACUAUCAAGCUGUGUCUGUCAUAUCCGACGUGAAAUCCCACUUGCAACAUAAACGAAAAGCAUCUAAACUCUGAAAUGGCUUUCUCGCAACCAUUACCAGGUAGCCAUGAGAGUGUUCAAGAGCUUGCAAAAGAACUCACACUCAUCAUCCCUCACCAGUAUGUACAGGAACAUCUAGAACCCACCUUUGUCCCUAACAACUGUUCUUCAACUUUCCCCUCUAUACCAGUCAUCGACAUGAAUGAUUUGAUCAGGGUAGGAUCCAAUAUGGAUCUUAAACUAGAACAUCUGCGCUCUGUAUGCCACGAAUGGGGCAUCUUUCAGUUGGUGAAUCAUGGUGUUGACAAAUCGUUGGUGGAAAAAAUGAAAAACCAGUUGAUGGAAUUUUUCAAUACUCCAAUGGAAGAGAAGCUGAGGUAUAAGUUGAAGGGAGGUGAGUAUGAAGGGUAUGGCCAAACCAUACUCCAUGCUCAAGGUCAGAAAAUGGAUUGGGCUGAUCGUUUUUAUAUGAUCACCAAUCCUCUUCAUAGGAGAAAAUCCAACUUACUUCCACAGUUCCCUCCAUUACUAAGAGAUACACUUGAGGAAUAUAUGCUAGAACUUCAAAAACUUGGUAUGACGUUGUUCAGUUUAAUCGGGCAAGCUGUAGACAUUGAAAAGGGAGAAAUGUUAGAAAUUUUUGAAGAUGGAAUGCAAUCAGUGAGGAUGACCUACUAUCCACCAUGCCCACAACCAGAUUUGGCUGUAGGUCUUACCCCUCACUCAGAUGCUGCUGGAAUUACGAUUCUUCUUCAAGUAAACAACGUUGAAGGUUUGCAAGUUAAGAAAAAUGGCUUAUGGAUCCCAGUCAAUUUCCUUCCAGAUGCUUUCGUUGUGAAUGUCGGUGAUAUUCUUGAGAUAUUGAGCAAUGGUAUAUACAACAGUAUUGAGCAUAGGGCAGUUGUCAAUGCCAUAAAAGAGAGGAUGUCUUUAGCCAUGUUCUUUAAUCCAAAGUUGGAAGCAGAUGUUGGACCCUCGAAGAGCCUCAUAAGAAACACAGGAAACCCACCCUUGUAUAAAACACUCGUAAUGGAACAGUAUCUUAAAGACUUUUUCUCGCGUAAGCUCAAUGGAAAGACUUUUCUCGAGAAGAUGAAGAUAAAAGAUGGAGAUCGAACUUAAAUGAUCUCAAAUCUUCGAAUGAUCAUAUAUAUAAUUUGUUGGAUACAUAAGCU